AGGAACAUUAUCAUUUGGAUUCAGAACUUUGGAACCAAAUCACUCUCUCCCUCCUUCUCUCACUCUCUGUCUGAUUUGUAUAUACAUACAAUAAGGACAGUGUUGAUCAAAGAGAGGACAACCUUAGUAGUGGAACCCAGGUUUCUUAUGUUUGAGUGAUCUUUAUCUUGGGUCAAUUGAAGUCAUCAUCAAAAUAAAUCGCUGCUGAGUUUUGGAAAGUGCAAAGCAAGUUCUUUUUCUUGCAAACAGAAUCACACGUAAGGGGAACAUACUUUGCAGAACAUAGUCAUUGAAGAUGGAUAUUAAGGAAGCAGAAAGGGUAGUUGUUGCCAAACCAGUUGCUUCAAGGCCUACUUGUUCUACUUUCAGAUCUUUCUCAGAGCUCCUAGCAGGUGCAAUCAAUGCCUCUCCCCCUAUUGCAUCUUCUCAAACUACAGUUUCUGCCAUUAGACCAAAGACAGUGAGGUUCAAGCCUGCAGGGAAUCGCCCACCUUCUGGAUUUGAUUCUUCUCAGGCUGAGAUUUUUGGAGCUGCACUUAGUAAUUCUUCCGACAAGAGUCCUAAUCUUGACACCAAUCAGUCUCUCAUAUACAAGCCCAUGGCAAAACUUGUAUCAAAAACAACUGUUUCUCUUUUGGCAAAUAUGGGAAAUUGCAGUACCAGUCAACAACAACCACGGCAAUCAAUGCAGGCCAAUCUUCAACAUCCAGACCAUGAAAAAUUUAGAAUCUAUAUGAACUCAAAUCUUCAUCAGAGCCUUACCCCGCAUGCAGAAACAAAUCAAACUACUGAACCUUGUAAGAUGGUACAGCAGAACCUAGAGGAGGAUCAAAAAGCUUUGACAUCCACAAUUAAUGGUGAUCGACCUUCUUAUGAUGGAUAUAAUUGGAGGAAAUAUGGGCAGAAGCAAGUAAAAGGAAGUGAGUACCCUCGAAGUUAUUAUAAGUGCACACAUCCUAAUUGUCCAGUGAAAAAGAAGGUAGAAAGAUCAUUUGAUGGGCAGAUUGCAGAAAUUGUUUAUAAAGGUGAACACAACCAUUCAAAGCCACAGCUUCCUAAGCGUAACUCAGGAGGGACACAAGGAUCAGGAAUGAUGUCUGAUGGAAUGGUUCAAGAUAUUUGGAGUAAUAGUCACAGUGAGAGGAAUGAAUGCAAUGAAGGUAGAAUAGAGAACCAGAAUAACACACGACUGUCUGAGAAUUCAGCUUAUGAUGUCAAAGCUCCACAGGCUAAUGCUUCUGUUCUAAUUGGUGCAAUCAAUGCUGGUGGAGAAAGCCCAGAAAAUUCAUGUGGUCUAAGUGGGGAAUGCGAGGAAGGAAGCAAGGGAUUUGAGGCAGAGGAACAUGAACACAAGAGUAAAAGAAGGAAAAAUGAGAAUAAAUCCAAUGAAGCAGCAGUGUCAGAGGAAGGUUUAGUGGAGCCUCGCAUUGUGACACAAAGUUCUACAGAUUCUGAAAUACUUGGAGAUGGCUUUCGCUGGAGGAAAUAUGGACAAAAGGUGGUGAAAGGAAAUCCAUAUCCCAGAAGUUACUAUAGAUGUACUAAUACAAAGUGUAACGUACGCAAACACGUGGAGAGAGCAAUAGAUGACCCAAGAGCAUUUGUGACUACAUAUGAGGGAAAACACAACCAUGAGAUGCCACUAAAGAACACAGCAAGUGUGGCCUCUGAAAAAGAUUCACAGGCUUCUCUCAGUAAAGAUAAAUCAUGAUUGACACUUCAAUAUGCGUUAACAAAGGACAUUAUGAUUCAGUAGUUAUCAUAAAGUAUGCUCAGGAUUGUUGAAGUAUCAGAAAAUAAUAACAAUUUUGAAUGCUGUAACUACUGUGACUAGGAUAUUUACUUCUACGGCAACUUAUUGAUGAUAAUAACAGUAUUGGUGCUGGUCAUUUGUAAUAUGGAAUCUGUAGCACUGGCACCAUUUUCCUUCAGUAACUUUCCAGCUCUACUAGCUGCCUUUGUAUGCUGAGUCUCCUCAACAGGUUUCUCCUUCGGACUAGUCCGAUUCGAGCACUAUUGACCUUAUAUAGGAGGCUUCCUUUGUAUACUAAAUCAGUAUAUUCUAUUAGCUCCCAUUUUAUCAUUAUAUACAUUAA